ACGGCGCCGAGGGCUCUCGCCCAGGGGCCUCGCGGAAGCGUUUGGAUUGGGGGAAAGCGGGGCGGUGGGGCAAGAUGGCGGCGCACCUGUCCUACGGGCGAGUGAACCUGAACGUGCUGCGCGAGGCGGUGCGUCGGGAGCUGCGCGAAUUCCUGGACAAGUGCGCGGGCAGCAAGGCAAUAGUUUGGGAUGAGUACCUCACAGGACCAUUUGGCCUGAUUGCACAGUAUUCACUACUGAAGGAACAUGAAGUGGAAAAAAUGUUCACUCUUAAAGGAAGUCGUUUGCCAGCAGCUGAUGUCAAGAAUAUUAUUUUUUUUGUCAGACCCAGGCUAGAAUUGAUGGAUAUAAUUGCUGAAAAUGUGCUCAGUGAAGACAGACGUGGCCCAGUGAGAGAUUUCCACAUUUUGUUUGUGCCACGACGUAGCUUGUUGUGUGAACAGCGCUUGAAGGACCUGGGUGUUUUGGGCUCCUUCAUUCACAGGGAGGAGUAUAGCCUGGAUCUCAUUCCCUUCGAUGGGGAUCUCUUAUCCAUGGAAUCAGAGGGUGCCUUCAAAGAGUGCUACCUGGACAGCGACCAGACCAGCCUCUACCACGCAGCCAAGGGGCUGAUGACCCUGCAGGCUCUGUAUGGGACGAUCCCCCAGAUCUUUGGAAAAGGAGAGUGUGCCCGGCAAGUGGCCAAUAUGAUGAUCAGGAUGAAGAGAGAGUUUACAGGCAGCCAGAAUUCCAUAUUCCCUGUUUUCGAUAAUCUCUUGUUGCUCGAUCGGAACGUGGAUUUGUUAACACCCCUUGCCACGCAGCUUACAUACGAAGGACUCAUUGAUGAAAUUUAUGGCAUUCAGAACAGUUAUGUGAAGUUACCUCCAGAGAAGUUUGCACCCAAGAAACAGGGCGAUGGGGGUAAGGAUCUUCCCACGGAGGCCAAGAAGCUGCAGCUGAACUCGGCAGAGGAGCUGUACGCCGAGAUCAGAGACAAGAACUUCAACGCGGUGGGCUCCGUGCUCAGCAAGAAAGCCAAGGUGAUCUCCGCAGCGUUUGAGGAAAGGCACAACGCCAAGACGGUGGGGGAGAUCAAGCAGUUCGUCUCCCAGCUGCCCCACAUGCAGGCUGCGAGGGGCUCGCUGGCAAACCACACGUCGAUCGCAGAGCUAAUCAAAGAUGUCACUACUUCUGAAGACUUCUUUGAUAAGUUGACAGUGGAGCAGGAGUUUAUGUCCGGGAUAGACACUGAUAAGGUCAACGGUUACAUUGAGGAUUGUAUUGCCCAAAAGCAUCCUCUGGUCAAGGUGUUAAGGCUCAUUUGCCUCCAGUCAGUGUGUAAUAGUGGACUGAAACAGAAAGUGUUGGAUUAUUACAAAAGAGAAAUUCUCCAGACAUACGGCUAUGAGCACAUCUUGACCUUACACAACCUGGAGAAGGCUGGCCUGCUGAGACCACAGACGGGGGGCAGAAACAAUUACCCAACGAUCCGGAAAACCUUACGCCUCUGGAUGGAUGACGUCAAUGAACAAAAUCCCACGGACAUAUCCUAUGUGUACAGCGGCUACGCCCCUCUCAGCGUGCGGCUGGCCCAGCUGCUGUCCCGGCCUGGCUGGCGGAGCAUCGAGGAAGUUCUCCGCAUCCUCCCAGGGCCCCACUUUGAAGAACGGCAGCCUUUGCCCACGGGACUGCAAAAGAAACGUCAACCGGGAGAAAACCGAGUCACCCUGAUAUUUUUCCUCGGGGGUGUGACCUUCGCUGAAGUCGCUGCUCUUCGCUUUCUCUCCCAGUUGGAAGAUGGGGGUACGGAAUAUGUCAUUGCCACCACUAAACUAAUGAACGGGGCCACCUGGAUAGAGUCUCUGAUGGAGAAACCUUUGUAGGCCUUUGAGAGAGGACAAAACAAGCGAACUGCAGAAUAAACUGCCCCUUUGGAGAAGUUGCUGGAGGGAAGUACAGCCCCACAGAGGAAUAACAAACAGGAACGCAGAACUGCCCUUGGGGUCAGCCUCUUGCAUUGUGCUGUUUUCUCCCCUCUGCUUCUCUUUUGUAUUCCUAACUUCUUGAUGAAGGAAGAACAGAAGAGACAACCUGGGUAAAGAAAUACCAGUUUUCAAUAUUCCAAGCUCAGGACCUUUGCUCGAGACCUCUGGAAAUAAUGAAGGAUGGUGGGGAUAGGUCAUCCACACAGCCGCACCGAUGGGGCCCAUUCUUCAAAUAAGGAAGCAAGGGCCAAGCAGGUAAAAAUGAAAAUAAAAGUAGGAAGUGCAACCCCUAACAAGUAGAGCCACGUUUCUUGAAGUCACGUGCCGAGGGCAGUGAUUAGGUGUUGGGGGCUAGAGCCAGUGUGACCACCGGGUGAGAUUUCUUCUUCCUGCAGAGCACGGCGCGUUAUAUUCAGUGCAUCAGCCUCUUUCUCACGUGAUCAGGAAGGCGGGUUUUGAUUCCUGUGCUUUUGAUUUCUUGCUUCUAUAAAACAAGAGGUUUAGGGGAGGUUUUUCCCCCAAAACCCAGUGUAUAAUCUGUCCAUUUAGCUACAUCUGUGUGGCUUCUCACCAAGGGCUUUGUACAAGGAGAAAGGUAAUACUUGGGGAGCAGCUUCCUGAUACUUUAACAAUCAAGGACACUUUCUUAGUGCACGUUAUUAACUCCAAGAUCUUUCCAUGGUAGACGCUUCCAUUGAGAUUUCAGUUGUCUUCCCUGCCCAUUGUGGGCCCAACACCCAGCUGGCCUUGCUCUGCGCAGUGGCGCCUUUGCUUCUUCAGCGUCUUGCAGCUCCGUCUCCCUCCUAAGCGCCACAUGGACCUUCCGUAGCAGUCUGUGGCCACUCACACUCAGCCUCUUGUGUUUGCUCUGCUUGAAAACACUCGGCUUCGUGCCAGUCCCUGGUCUGGUGACCUUGAACUCCUCUGACGCAGCUUGUGGGUGAUCUUGGAGUCCAGCGGCCACAGCUGCCACUCUUCCUGCAGGGGACUGCUAGGCCAUAGGACAGGGCUGGGGUGCAGGUGCUCCAUCCCAGUGUCUGGAGGAGUCAAGGCCAAACUGAUGGUUUCACAGCCUUGUCCAAGUCUCUGGCAAAAUGAGCUGGUCCCCUUCUUUACAGAGGGACCAAAAUGAGCGUUGUCCCUGCCUAGGUGUGGUUUCUAUUGUUAAUUAGUAAUCAUACGUGUUUUUCCUCACUUUUUUUUAUUAGUGGAAUUUUGUGAGGCACAUUGCAUGUUAAUGAAGUGAAAGAGAAAUUCUGUAUUUAAAAAAAAAACAAAAAACUCUAAGAAUGAGGGGUAGAAGAGGUAGUAUUUAAAAGAUUCACUUGUCCUGGGUUUAAUUUGGUCUUGGCAUUCAGUAUUUGGAAAUGGUCUUAAUGAAAAUGAUUCCUGUUUUAGGAAAUCCUUUCUCAGAACCUUGUUAUCCCAGGGAGAUUAGUUUAUCCCUUCCAGCCCCGGCAGUGGUUAACCUCGCUGCCUUAGCGAGCGAAAUGCACCUUCUCCCUCAGGUUUUUGGCUCAUGGGAUUCAAUUCAAGUCCGGUCAAGUCUCCUUGGCUGGGGUCUUUGUCCUAUGAACAGACACUCAGUUGUGUCUCAUGUGUCUACAUUUACUCGUGGCUCUCGACUUGCCUGCUCAGAGCAUAGUUAGGUCAGCUCCUAAAAACGCAUUCCACAGAAGACUUAAAGACAUCAAUUGCUUCAUUUGUAUGCAAAUAGAAAGUGGUGGAUAAUUAUAUAUUAUGCACCUUUGUGUCGGUUCAUUCAAUACUUGCAGCAGUCUUUGUCUCCGAGGAGUGCGCCUUACUGAGAAAGGGGAUGUGAAUGGUACGUUUAUUCCUGGAGAAGGCGGAUUGUUUACAUCAUGUCUGGACUUUUGUCUAGUUGGGUACAGUUCUGCUGCACCAGCAGCCCUCUAAAAAAGGAGUCUGUGUAGAUAAAGAAGCCUACAUAGGCACUGUUUUGUGUCUUACUAUACACUUUUGAAUA